UCUGACCGUGUCAUUCGGCGUCAACUGUGAACCUGAUUACUACAGUCAAUCGUGUGAUGUUUACUGUCGUGUUGACAAUGUGUUCUCAGAUCACAGGUUCUGUAACACGUCUAGUGGUGUCAAACAGUGCCUACCAGGCUGGAGUGGGUCUGACUGUCAGGCUGAUGUUAAUGAAUGUGAGAACCCUCCUUGCCAGAAUGGAGGAACGUGCGUGAACAGACCUGGAACGUUCUUCUGUUCAUGCCUCAUGGGAACGCAAGGUUUGUUCCACUUCUGCUUAAUGUAA